UCUCUCCUCCGUCACCUUUAUAAAUACACUUGUUACAACUUACAAGUCUUUACUUUCAGUACACAAAAAGUCACAACAGAGAGAAAACAUAGAUAACAUAUAGAGAGAGAAAGAAAUAUACAGAUCGAGUAACAACUUAAGAGAAAGAAUGGCUGGCGGAGGCUUUGCAGCUCCGGCGAACGGGGCUGUCUUCGAAGCGAAGAUAACCCCGAUCGUCAUCAUUUCUUGUAUCAUGGCUGCCACCGGUGGUCUCAUGUUUGGUUAUGAUGUUGGAAUAUCAGGAGGUGUAACAUCAAUGGACCCUUUCCUAAGGAAAUUCUUUCCAGUGGUAUUUCGGAAAAAGAAUUUACCAGAUGCAAACCAAAGUAACUACUGUGAAUAUGACAACUAAGGGCUUCAAUUAUUCACCUCUUCACUAUACCUUGCUGCUUUAGUUGCAACGUUUUUCGCAUCGUAUACCACAAGACGGUUAGGGAGGAGGCUAACUAUGUUGAUCGCUGGGGUUUUCUUCAUCACCGGGGUCGUUCUUAAUGCUGCUGCUCAAGAUCUUGCUAUGCUUAUUAUUGGCAGGAUUUUGCUUGGUUGUGGAGUUGGCUUUGCCAAUCAGGCAGUACCCGUAUUUCUAUCAGAGAUAGCACCUACUCAAAUUCGAGGUGGUCUGAAUAUAAUAUUAUUUCAGCUCAACGUCACCAUCGGUAUUCUUUUUGCGAACCUCGUCAAUUAUGGCACCGCUAAAAUGCAUGGAGAAAAUGGAUGGAGGGUGUCACUAGGAAUAGCUGGUGUACCAGCCUGCUUACUGACGUUGGGAGCUCUACUGGUUACGGACACACCAAACAGCCUUAUUGAACGAGGGCGAUUAGAAGAAGGAAAAUCAGUCCUCAGAAAAAUUAGGGGUACAGAUAACAUUGAGCCAGAGUUCAAUGAACUUGUUGAAGCUAGUCGUGUUGCUCAACUAGUUAAGAACCCUUUCAGAAAUCUCCUCAAGCGAAGAAAUCGCCCUCAGCUUAUUAUUUCCAUCGCUUUGCAGGUGUUUCAACAAUUUACUGGAAUUAAUGCAAUCAUGUUCUACGCCCCUGUGUUAUUCAACACCUUAGGAUUUGGAGCAGUAAAUGUCCUUUCCACUAUCGUCUCUAUUUAUUCUGUCGACAAACUAGGGAGACUUCAGGCAGGAGUUCAAAUGUUUUUGUCUCAGGUCAUUAUAGCCAUAAUUCUAGGCCUCAAGGUCAAAGACCAUUCCAACCACUUAGGCCAUGGCUACGCAAUAUUUGUAGUUAUACUCGUGUGCACUUUUGUCUCUGCCUUCGCUUGGUCAUGGGGCCCACUAGGUUGGCUCAUCCCUUCGGAAACCUUCCCCUUGGAAACCCGGUCAGCAGGUCAGAGUGUGACUGUCUGUACUAACAUGCUCUUCACUUUUGUCAUCGGACAAGCCUUCUUAUCCAUGCUUUGCAAGUUUAAGUUUGGCAUUUUCCUCUUCUUUUCUGGGUGGGUCUUGGUCAUGUCCCUUUUCGUGGUUUUCUUACUCCCCGAAACUAACAACAUCCCCAUUGAGGAAAUGACUGAGAAGGUUUGGAAAAGACAUUGGCUUUGGAAAAGAUUCAUGGAUAAUGAUGAGGACUACAUUGGAGUUGAGGUUAACACCAUCAAGGAUGCUCACAAAAAGCAAACUAAUGGGUCUGCUGCUACGCUUUAAUUAUAAUUUGGAUGCAAUACAAUCAAAUCAAUCUUUGUUAGAAGUACAAUUUUUAUAGCUAAAAUGAUACAAGGUAAAUAUGAUAUUGAUGAUAAAAUUAUAGCUAAAAUUAUACAUAGGUAGCGAAAAUUGUGCCAUUCCUAGUUCCUACUCUUAAGUCUUAAUGGGCUAAGAUUUUUUCUAUAUUGAAUCAACAAGCUUCUUUCA